GCAUCAGCUGCCACUCGUAGUAUCUCUGUGCUGUGGAUUCCUCCCUGGCUCUGACUGUUCUCCCUAAUCUAGACUUGCAACUAGUGGAGCUCUAGAAUCUACCGGAGGAUUUAGAUGUGUGUAGCACACAUGGAUUUCAAGAGUUUCAAUCAAUUCUUCUCUUGGAUGUUGGUUUGUUCUUUCGUCAGCUACCUGGCCAGUAGGUGCGCGUUCUCGGACCGACUUCCUCUGGGACAAUAUCAGGCUGAAUGCUGUUUGAAGGUGGAGAAUUUGUCAGCAAAGCCAGUUUCAGAAUGGAGUCUACAAGACUGGGAAGAACUCACAAAUGCCACGAAAUGUUGUGAUAUGUCUGAUCGUUACAGGUUGUCAGCUUGUUCCGCUGUAGCAAGUGCUCGGGAGAAUCCUCAGAUUGAGCCCAAGGCCGUUGAACCCUCAGAUUGUUGUAUGUUGCUGGACGCUUUGAUGCGAAGACCUCAUGCGGAAUGGACAUUCCGAGAGAGGCUCCAUUACAGGAAAUGGAACGAGUGCUGUGCUGAGCAUAUGGUGUACGAGCAGAGCAUUCACAAGCACGUGAAAGAAGGCUCAGGCGAUGAUUGCUGCAAGUCUUUCGAAGCUCUGAACUGCACCUCAGCAGAAGAUUUGAGUGCAGAGGAGAGAGGCCGCUUGAAUGCAGGUGUGAAUUGCUGCUUAAAUAAGCUUCCUUUCAGCGAGAUGAGUCUCACAAAUAAAUUCAUCUCACGCUCCCCGUGUGGACGCUGUCAACAACUCAAAGAUCUAUUUUUUAGCUCCACAGAACAGGCUAAUGUGGACGAUGAAGGAUUCUCUCGAUCCAAAGCACGGAGAAACCUCUGUGGACCUCGACAUGGAUGCACUAGUGGACACGAGUAUUGCUGCACUGGAACGAAGCGAGAUGAAGUCGAUGACGCCAGCUAUGAGAGGAGGAUUCGUUCCUCGUGCUGCAGACUUGUUGAAAUUAUGUGGCACGACGUAGGGGAAGAUUUAAGUCCAAAUGAGAAGGCCAGUGUCCUGUUCUAUUCUCGAUGCUGCCAAGGCUCAUUGAAAAAUCAGCAAGUCAUUUAUACAGACAAAGCAAGUAAUACCGUCGCAAACAGUUCAAACUAGCAAUCAGAACAUGCUUAUUUCACGAAGCAAAUCCAAGCUUUUGUGAGUACAGAAGCCAGUAGUACUACUUCAACGGUAAGUAUCCAAGAAACUGCUUCGAAUAAUCAUGCUGUAAAAGCCUGAAUUUUGUUCGUGACUUUGAGCCACUUCAGUAGCUUCUGUACCAAUUACGUAUAUGACGAGGAAUAGUACCUUUUUGAAGGCAUGGGAGUUCUCGUUUUUACACAUGCCUGUAUACCAUAAUUUCCUCAAGAUUCUGUUAAACUACAUAUUGAUGUAUAUCGUCCACUGCCAGUGUAAUAAAUUAAUCAGCCAGUGUUCUCGA